AUUAUUUACCAUUCCAGAUUAACAUAAAGCCAUACUAUUCUGUUCGCUUCAGGUUUUAAAUCUUAUUAAGUUUAUUUAGCAGGUACCGUUAAAAAAGCCUGUCGAGGCGAAGGGUCACAGAGCAAAUUCGUGAUCUGAGGCAAUUCAUACAUGUACCGUGGAGUGAAUACAAUCAGUUUACCACAGCUGGAUGAAUUAUGUUCAAUAUUCGCAUUGUUAUAUACACUUAUAUAAGGUAAACGUGUAUUUUUUGUGUUUGAGAGCCGGAGGGUCGAGGCGCUGACAGGUGGGCGUGUGCGCCAUUCUGCCGCCAAGUGCCCUCCCCCUGUGCCUCUCGUUUUAUCAGCUCCCAGAGUCCCACCACAUUCCUGCAAAGUUUCUCUCAUUUAACUAUGUCUCAUUCGCAAUGUGGACACUGGACUGGUGCAACUGGAGGCAUUUCCACCUUCAGCCUCCAGCGGGUGACAGAAUGUGACGCAUAAAUGUACAACUCCUUGCGUUGGGUUCUCUGCAAACGCGAAUUCGAAGGAAAACCAUUCAAAAGCACAGCACAAUCAAUGACCAGAACCAGCACGGAAUCCAUUUUAACAGAAGAACAAACUGAUCUUCUAUUAAAAUGUCAUUUUCUAUGGCAACAGUAUCCAUUUAUACUUUUCAGUGUUUAUUGUAAGUUGUUCUGUCUAUGCUUAGAAGGAGCCUAGUAUUUCUUUCUGUUGUCAUAUGUUAUCAGCCAUUUGCAUUUGGCAUUUCACCCCUUUUACAGUCACUUAGAUGGACCAAACCGGAAAAUAAAAAGAAUCAUGGUUGUUUGUUUAGGGAAGUAGCACAGCUUUACUUUAGCCUGUUUAGUAUGGCUAGCGACUAACAGCGCAACUAGCGUCCAAUGCUAAAAUAAUCCCUAGAGUCCAAUGAUAGGAUGCUUAGUUCCGCUAGCGUCCAAUGCUAAGCUACAUACACAGCUAACAAUCAGUGCUAAACUGCAUGGAUAGAGCAGCUGGAGUCUCGCGCGAAGCUACACACAGCGGCUAGCGACUACUGCUAAGCUACACUGCGUUAGCGUCCAAUGCUAAGCUACACACAGCAGUCGGCGAGCAGCGACAUGCGGAUCGCGGAAAAAUCUCCUCUGUCACCACCGGAUGCUUAAAGUACAAGGGCUUUAAGUGAUACAGUAUAUCCCUCCAGAAACACCUAAGACUGACUAGUAUAACCAGUGAUUGUUAAUCUAGUUACGUGACUUGUCUGGCAGGGUUUAGUCGAGAGAAGUCACUAAAUCAUUCGGUGCCGAGGGUGGCCAACAUACCUGCAGUGCAGGACAUUCGAUUCGUCGAUUCGAUUCAGUAACAGUUCACCACCACCACCAUGUCCGAGCUUUUGAUUUUGGCGCUUAUUGUCCUCCUCAUCGUGAGUCUGCUGCUCACCAUACUGGGGUACGUGUUGUACUCGGGACUGCUGUCUGAAAUCUCCGUCAGAACGGGGUCUCCUCCGAUCAAGAACAUCACGUUCGCCUACAAACUGAAGCAGGGGCCCUACAAAGAGUGCGGGGCGCUUUUCACCGAAAGCUGUAGUAUCGGACCCAAACUCUCCAGCAUCGGGGUCUUCUAUGACGAUCCAAACGAGGUGGCGAAGGAGAAGUGUCGCUAUGCAGUGGGCAGCAUCCUGAGCGAGGGUGAGGACAAGCCCAGUGACGAGAUGCUGCGGCUCUACCAGAAGUUUGGCUUCAAGAUCUUUUCCUUCCCAGCGGUCACACAUGCCGUCACAGCCUCAUUUCCUCAUCGGACCCCUCUCUCUAUCAUCGUAGGGGUUCAAAGAGUGUAUCCCCAGCUUAGGGCUUAUAUCAAGGAAAGGAAACUAUGUGCCCACCCUUUCUUGGAGAUCUACCGUGGUGACCUGAUCUACUACAUGAGCCCACUGGCACGCCAAGGCGACUUCUACGUGCCUGAGCUCCAAGCGAUUGAGAAAACGCUGCAAGAUGGUGAGGAGUCUGAAGAGGACCAUAGGACGGACAUCACAGGCGCAGACUCCAACAGCGAGACUAGCUCUGUGACUCACACGGCCAUGUCGGACAGCAGAGAGACCUCCCCGGCCCCCUCCACCGUGCCGUCCCUGCCUCCACGGGACCUAGGUGACGGAGACCGCGCGGGUGACCGCAGCUCUGGCGAGUCCGUGGACAGCAGCUCAUCCUUUGAGGAACUGGACUUAGAGCUGGUGGAGGGGCAAGAGGGCGGAGUUGGCACUCAGGCCAAAGUUGGCGGUAGCAAGCCCCACAAAACCCCUUUCGAUCAGGAGGCUGUCACUGAAGGAGAAGAGUAAGAGCAUUCCAGUUGUAGCCAGUGGGCGAAACGAGUUUGUCAAAGGUUCCAGUUGUAUUCCUGUUGGAUGCAUUUCCAUGCAUAUUGGUAUUAGUUAGUUUUUCUGUUAGUGGAUCUUAAAUCUGUGCUUUUACAGUAACAUGAGAAGCACCACCGCUUCGCUAUGACCAGGCCAUUCUGCUAUUCCAGACCAUACGUCUGCUCUCAACCAAAUCUCUCUCCACUUUACCUCCUAGAAUUGUUCUCACAGGUAACACCCUAGUGGGAGCAAAAAACCUUGAUUGUUUUAAACUGUUACGUUCGUUUGAGAAUUUGCUUCGUUAUCUUUCAUGUCACUUCAAGAUAAAUGAGCAAAUGGCAAUGCAAAAAUGAAGGGCAAUUUGUUAAAUAUGUACUUUCUUAUCUAGUAGAAUCCUUUUUAAACUUAAUAAUAGGAUAAUAUGAACUUAAAGGAAAAGAGCUGUAUUUAAUAAUUGUUAAUAUGUAAGGUAGCU